AUGAGCGUCUCACCGUUUCCUCCACGGGGCCCAUCAAGGUCUGCUGUGGAAGAUACUCGGGUGGUCCAAAGCCUAUCGACGGCAGAAACGGCCUCCUACGAUUCAUACCCUGCUUCCGCUUCUCCUGCGCGGAUGCAACAUACCAAGAACGAGCCGUUCUCAUCAGCAGCUGCCUAUCGAAGUAGCAUGUCACCGCCGCUGCCCCAGGCAUCUUCGUCCUUCUCGCCCUCGUCUCACCCUGUUUCAAACGGUGCGAUUGCUGCUGCUGGCUAUGAACGCGCUCCGCUGGUGAAAAGUCCGCCGCCCGCAUCAACGCUUGUGAUUCAAGAACCAGUCCCUUCGCCCAGCCCUUCGCCUGCGCCCGCGGUCUCUACUGAUGCCUCACAUCGUAAUGGCAAAGCAGGUGACGCCUUGUCUGCCAAAUCCUCAAAUAAACGUGACGGAACGGCUUCCAUCUCGAAAUCGAAUCGCAGCAGCGGCGCCACCUCCUGGUUCUACGGUGGGCCCGACUCGUUCAUUCGCGUCCCCUCGCGCAUCGCCUUUCUCUACAUUCUCGCCAGCACCGUUGAAGCGGUCAUCGUUAUCACCCUUGUCGCCUUCAUUUUUGCCCGUAUCGUUACGCAAGUGGACAAUCUUACCCAGGACCUCAAAACCAUCUCGGUCUAUCUGGCGGUCUUUGUCUUUGGCUGCGUUUUCCAGGUGCUCAUGUCGUGGGAUGCGGUACGCUUGAAGAACACUUUGCAGCUUAUCGGUGUUCUCAUCUUCAACUUGGCACUUACCGUGACAGCGGCGAUCGAGAUUCGACAGGUGCGCGACGCAUUGAAUGCGCAAGAUCGAGUGGCUGGUGGCUUCCCCUGCCCGGAUGAUCCGAAUCGGUUGUGUAGAGCACAAUCGCUGUUCCCAUCGGUCGAGAGAUACCUGAUCGCUGUCACAGCCGUCUGCUUCUUGUUCGAGUUCUUACUCGCCUUCUUGACGUUCAAGCUGUGGAAGGAAUUCGGUUGGGUCAUCUACCAGAAGAUUGGUGCCGAUCUGAGGGUGCGGAGCAUGUUUUUCUGGUACCAAUUGUUCGUCGUCUUUCUCAAGUUUACCUUCUUCUUCGGCGUCGGCUUCACCGUGAUCUACUUGAUCUUGGUGGCUGAAACGAUGGACUGGGAAUACGGCGUUACCAUCGCAGCUGUUCCUAUCGCUAUAGUUGCAUUGUUUGCGGCUGGAUUUGCAGCUCGGAGGGAAUGGACAAGCUUGAUGGUGCUCUCGUUGUUAUUGAUGGUGGCGGGCCUGACGUACUUUGUAUACAAGGUCACGCAGGUUUGGCUGCCGGGAACGAGAGAUGAGUACACUUACGUACAUACGACGAUCACCUUCAUUUCCGGGUUUGCGAUCGCAAGCUUAGGAUUGACCUUGUUGAAUGGAUGCGUCUGUCUCUUCAACUUCAACCAAGGGUUGAAGCCGGCACAUGAUGCGAUUGGCACAUUUGGUGGCGUUCACAGGCAAAGGAAGAGUCGUGCUGGUGCAUCGGGAGCAGCAACGGCAACAGGCAACGGGGAUGCAGAGGCUGGUGUGUUGGAUUUGGAUGAUGCGAAUGAAAUGGAGGCAGAAAAGUACGAGCAUGCGUGGACGCCUCACGGAGCAGAUCCACGUAGAGGAAGUAGGACAAUGCAAGGUCCAGUUUACGGCAGUUCACCUGGCGAGAUGGUCUUCGCAGAUCGCCGCACAAGUGGUGUGCAGCCAUACGGCUUGCAUUCGCCCACAAGGCCUAUACCUGGCAGCACACCCGUGUAUGCUCCUCAACCGAUGGUCCCAGCUGCAUUGCAAUCAGGCAGCCCAUCCCACUCUCCGCACCCUCCAUCGCAGCAGUUCUAUGCUCAACACCAGCAGCAACCGAUGCCAGAUCCCAAUGCAGCCUUCUUGGAUGCUCACCAACCCAGACCUACGGCUUCUCGAGUCUCGCUAGAUUAG